ACCAAUGGCCUCAUCUCCUUACUUGCUUGUGGCAGCUACGCUGGUAGCACACUUGGUUGUUGCCUCGUGUGCCACCGAGCUAACCUUCACAGUGUCUAGCUCCACCAGCCUGACCCUCGUCACCAAGGGCGCCGUCUCCGAGGUGGAGAUUAAGGAGCAGGGUGCCAAUGAGUGGACAUCGCUCAAGGAGUCGCCAGCCAACACCUGGACAUUCGACAGCAAGGCGACGCUCAAGGGCCCUAUCUCCGUUCGCUUCCUCGUUAAGAAUGGCGGUUACCGUGUCAUUGACAACAUCAUCCCCGCCGAAUAUGAUGUUGGCUCCGUCUACAGGAGUAGUGUAUAGACUUGAGUAACAGACAUUCGUGGGUCUUUGUAUCGCAUGGAAAUUAUUGACCACUACAUAAUUCUUCUAGGAGAGGUUACGCUCACGUGUGAGGGAGCCAACACUUAACUUUCUAUGGUUAUUUUGUGGCGAUAGAUCAUUGAUAAAGUAAAGCUAGCACGAGUCCUUUCUACGA